GUGUGCAGAGUUCUUCUAUUAUCUCUGUAGCAGCUGGGUGAUCACGAACGAGUGCAAGAGGGAUUUUCUACUAUUCAUGAUCACAGAAGAAUGGCAGCAGCUAAUUACCAAGAUGACGACUUCAGCGAUCCCGGUUAUGGAGGCUCACUAUCCGACACCACUACGAUCGAAUCCGCCGCGCUCAACUAUCCCUUUGAAUAUGGGCGCCGCUACCACGCGUACAUGGCUGAAAAACGGUAUGGGCUUCCGAACGAUAUCGCGCAACAAGAUCGCCUUUUGAGGCAUCAUGACUUGAUCAAGACCCGUCUUGGUGGUAGGCUGAUACUAGCCCCCAUCCAGGAGCAUCCGCAGCGGAUAUUGGAUCUGGGGACAGGGAUUGGGCUGUGGGCAAUCGAGAUGGCAGAUAAAUAUCCAUCAGCAGAGGUAACUGGACUAGAUCUCAGCCCACCGGAACUGGGUGAGAGUUUUCACAACGAAUUCGAUCCUGUCAAUGUACGCUACAUCGUCGACGACUUCGAGAAAGACUGGGUCGAUGCCAACAUCGAUCUAGUCUUUGGGCGCUUCCUCGCUGGUUCUGUUGAAGACUGGCCGCGUCUGAUACAGCAGUCAUACAACAAUUUAAAGCCCGGCGGUUGGGUGGAGUUUCAAGACUGGGAUACCAUGAUUUAUUCAACAGCACUGCCGGCAGAAGAUUUUGAGAGGUCGGAAUUGUGGACCUUUCACAGGGAUACUGUGGCGCUGCAAGAGAGCAGGGGGAGGAAUAUGCGGCCGGGUCCUGAACUAGAGAAGUGGAUUAGGCAAUCAGGAUUCGAGAAUAUUCGGGCUGAGAAGUUCUCCCUACCGUUGGGCCCUUGGGUUCAAGACGAUAAAUUAGAGGUAAGUUGUAUUUGAAUGUCGGUUUGUGGUGGGUGAGCGAGCUGUCUACUAA